AUGAAUGAAAAGUUUGACGAAGCGUGCCAUCAAUAUUUCUGCAACGGACUUUUAGCAGCCGUCGUUACUGAUAGAGACGGUGUUGUAAUAUUGAAAAGCAUUGCAAACGAAGCAAUCGAGAGUCUUAUUGACCCCACUAUUUCAACAAUGUUUGCGGUAGCCAAUAACCAGGCAAGUAUGAAAACUUUAUUACUUCACUUAUUAAACUUACUUGCAAAUGGACUUGCUUCAAAAUUGGGACUUGCACAGAAUAAGAAAAUUGUCAGCGUUUACGAUCAGUACCAGUUAAUUCAAUCAGAUAAAAGCCCACUAAUCAUCACUUUAAUAACAGAGCCAUCUGCCAACACAGGUUUAUUUGUAAGAUUUAGUGAUGAACUAUCGAGUCUGACAGAGCCUUUUGUGGAAGCCUUGAAUGAGUAA